UCGACACAACAUGGCUCUCCCUCUGUCUUCAUCCAGUUUCCAUUCAGAGUGGAAUACAGAACUGGAUUGCUCUUCAUGGGGCUGCCUGUAACAACUUUACAGUAACAACCAAAGGAAGCAGGGGGAGGAUGGGGUCAUGGGGUCACCUGCUCUGUGUGUCGCUGCUUCUGUGUGUUUCUGCCACUGUCACUGAUGCCUCUCUCCACACCGUGGGCCCCUGCUUGGUGGACACAGGCAAGGCAUCAUUCCACUGUGGUCAGAAGAAGCUCACAAAGAUUCCAGAAGAAAUAUGGACCAAUGUAACCAGACUGGAUCUCUCAGACAACGGUCUUAUCCUCAGCCAUCCUGACACUCCGAGAACACUGCAGAAGUUUGAGAAGCUAGUCCACCUGAAUCUGUCAGCUAACUACCUCCCCCUGCUGGACAGAGGCUUGUUUAGCAACCUCCCAUCUCUGGAAGUCCUAGACCUCAGCAGGUGUCAGCUCUCUGUAAUGGACACAGAAGCCUUUGAAGGCUUGCCCAGGUUACAGAGGCUUUUUCUAGGGCACAACAGACUGCAACCUUCAGUGUCUACCGCAUUGAAGGAACUUAGAGGUGUCUUAUCCUACCUGGACCUACAAGGCAAUCCUCGUGACAGUUCUGCACCAUAUGAUGAGCGAAAGGGAGCCCAGAAAGUGACCAGAUUCAAAGCAUCAAAAGGACAUGUACAUGACCAUGACUAUGAAGGGUUUAAGGAAAAACGUAUCAGUGGUAAAGUAAACCACAGAAAACUACUAGCUGAAGAUCCCUUCCCUUCAACCACUCCAGUUCCAAGCACAACCCUUAAUGACACUGCUCCUGUUCGCGUUCCCGCUCACAACUGGAAGUUUCUAGUGGGAGUGCUGAUUACAGCCAUAACACUGUCCAUCAUUGUUGCAGUAUUGGCCAAAUGCAAACUCCUCCACCAGUACCUGGCCAGCUAUCGUCACUCACGGUUUACUAACAUCGACUCAGAAAGCCACUAUGACCCAGAUGUGUAUGAGGUGGGCUUCGCCUCACGGGGAGGAGCAGCCACGAUAUCAAAUGGAAUAGCAGAUCAUGAUGAUGAGGAAGAGGAAGAGGAGGGGGAUGAAGAGGAUGAUGAUGGCUUCAUUGAAGACAAUUAUAUACAGCCAAGUGAGAGAGAGAGGGCGGCAAGAGCUGCACAGCAACAGGUGAAAGAAGAGGAGGAAGAUCUGGAUGAUGAUUUGGAGUUCACCAUUGGAUAAGGAUUUUUGACUUGUGGUAAAUUGGAUUGAAAUGAAAGUGUGAAGGAGGACCAAAAAUCCCUUUUCUUGGAAAAAUUGUAGUCUCUCAUAUUUGGAAUUAUGCUUUGUAAGUUGAGCUGAACUGUUCUGAGCUGCCAUAAGCACACGGCCACUAAUGGCACACUUACCAACAAUUCAAUGACAUCCUUACUUGGAUAACCUGUAAAACAAAAAUAACCUCUGAUUGCCACUCUGACUUGAAAAUAUGCACUCCUUUGUAAAUAGUUUGACUAAUGUCUUGUGACAGUUUAGUGAACCUUUCACUCCAGUUUUGAAUAAAAUAUUUUCCUGUUUUUGUC